AUGGGCAGGGCUUCGUCAGAGGGAACUGAUGUGAAGCUGAAGGAGAAGAGAAAAGACAAAGAGGCGCUGAAGGAGAAGGAAAAGAAAGACAAGAAGGAGUCUGAAAGAGACAAAAAGGACAAACAGCGGAAGGACAAGGAGCGUGAGAAGGAGAAGGGCAAGGAGAAGCCGAAGGCCAGACCAAAAGGUGAUGGUGAUAAGAGGAAGGAAGAGGACAGUGAUGACGACAUCGAGAAGGAGAAGGAGAAGGACAAGCUUGCCUUCCUUGCUGCCAUCAAAGGUCUCAGAGAAAAAGACAAGAAGGUGGAGAAGAAGAAGCCGCAGUCUGAGACAAAGAAGAAGCUCAAGACCGCCCGCAGUUCCAGCAGCGAAAAGAACCGCAAGGAGCGGCGGGAGAAGCGACGGCGCUCAAAGGAGCGCAGCCGGUCCAAAGAUGACGAGUCCUCUGGCUCGGACACGCCGGAAAAGCCGAAGAAAGAUACGGCACUUGUGACCAGCUCUGGAUUUGGUACAGUCCAGCAUUUCAGCAGUAUCGUACCAGCAGCUGUGGGUGCCAGUGACGUCAUUGGCGUCUUCUGCCGCUCUGCGGGGGCUGACCAGAACUCUGAGCAAGCGCUCAGAGCAUUGCCAGCACAUCUUCAACAAGCCGUGAUGGCAGAAGGCUCCAUUGCUGGCCUGAAUCCAUCAGCUGUGCUGAUGGGUCGGAUACGCAAGGUCAGUGGCCUAAACUCAGAACUCCCGGUCGAGCUGGCAUGCCCAGUGCGAGAAAUUCAGAUUCAGAAGCUGCUUGUUCCUUAA